CCGGGAGAUUUUUAUUCUAUCUCUCUCUUUCCGCCGCUCCGCCCGUGCGUUCGGCGCAACAGCAAACCGAUCGCAAUGCCUUGCGUGCCAGCUCCAAUCUCCUAGCCCCGCCGCUGCUCGCUCUCCAACCGCAAUCCUCCCCCGAUUCUUCCGAGUUCAGUUACCACUGCCCGUACCACCACCACUACUUGAACCCGCCGCCGUCAAUCUGCGUCGGGGGUUUAGCAGCUCCGCCCGUCCGUCCCCAAAGGUCCAGCGGCGAAGAGUAAAGGAGCCUGCCCGGAUUCUAAGCGGCGGGAUCGGAUUCCAUCCCUUGGAACAAUUGCCACCGAUCGGCUUUUGUCCUUCCUUCCUUCCGCCGGUGUGCCGGUGCGACGGCCGGGUAGCGAGAGGGGAGGUCCGAGGAUAGGUGGAACUAGAAGGCCGGUACUACUGGCUCCUCCGUUUGGUUUGCAGGGGAGGGGUUCAGUCAGAUGGGGGCCAUCAUGUGCUGCUUACGCUGCCGCGGCCCCGGCGACGACGCGCCUGGCUGCUGCUGCCUGCCAUGGCCUUUCCUGAACAACGAUCGCAACAACGACAACAACAACACCAAUCACAACUCGGGCCCUCCUGCUCGUCAAAGAGCGAAUACACGGGUUGCGCCUGUUCAGGGAAGGGUUCCUCCUGCGGGUUCACGGCAGGAUGAUUCAAUGAACACCUUCCGCUGCCCUCCUAGGCCUUUGCCUUAUGAUGAUCCUCAAUUCAGACAUCAAACGGAGCGCCACCCGCUGGUGGCAGGACGUGACAAGGCUUCAACACAAUCCCAGAAAUCUAAUCUACUUGAAGAAAGCAAUGAUGCUGAUACCAGAUCAACUUGUGCCGAUGAGAAGGCUGAUGGAUCGUCCCUGAAAGCUGAGUCGGGAGGUAAAAAACUCGGGGGAGCUAAGGUCUGUGUUCCUUCUGAUUGUGAGGAUGACUGUCCAAUAUGCCUAGAAGAGUAUGAUUACGAGAAUCCAAAGGUAGUGCUUCAGUGCAACCAUAAUUUCCAUCUUAGUUGCAUUUACGAGUGGAUGGAAAGAAGUCAAUCUUGUGCUGUCUGUGCCAAGGUAAUGUUGUUUAAAGAGGACCAAUAACCAUGCUGGCUGCAAUUCUUUACACAUACUGAAGACCCAGGACUGAAUCGCUUAGGUUGUGUACAUAGCACGGUGAAAUCAUGUCGCUAGAUUGUUUGCUGAAACCUCUAGCGGUGCGAAGAUUCGGCAUUUCCUUCUAGAGCAGACAAUUCAUGUUUCUCUUUUCUCCACGAAUUUGAUGAUUUCUGCCAACGCACACCUGGCAUUUUUCAAACUGAUGUUACUUUGGUGAACGGUGGGUGAUCGCAUUGGCUUGACAUGCUCAAGUAUAAUACUCUGGAAACUUCACAAGUUACAUCCACUUCUUUGCCAAUAGCUA